AUGUACCGUGGCAGGCGGCUGUCCAGGAUGCCUCAGAAAGAGGCCCCAGCGUCUGCGGCACAUGCACCAGCGUCUGCCCCAGCUCCCAGUGCUCCUGUCAUGCCUGCGACUCACAAGUCCAACAUCCACGCCGAGACGGUGCGGAUGAAAGAGACGUAUACAGCGCCAUUUAUGUUGUACGAUUCUCAGGCGCGGCGCAUCGUUGCAAACCCCCACUACGAUCGCGCUCUUGUCACCGAGAUGCAUCGUGUGCAGAGCAUCAUUGUCACACACCUCCGCACCCCGAUCCAGGCACACCUCUCCUACACCCCAAAGGAGCUGCUCUAUGAGCUGGAGGCUGCGCUGUACCACGUUUGCGCCUCCCUCGCCGUCCACGACGACGUGGCCUCUCUGCGGCACGUACUCAAUGACACCGAGGCAGACCCGCUCAUGCCGGAGCUAGAGUCCUUUCUCGCUCAUCACAACGCACCCGCGAAGACGGUCGUUGCGCUUGCGCAUUGUCUCAGCGAGGGCACCUCCCACGACGUCCUUACAUCUUUUCUGCAGGUACUCGAGCAGCGAGUGCAGCAGGAGCUGGACCCCGCGGUGGAUUGCAAACGGUCUGCGGAUGAGCACCGCGCCCUGCUCGCGACCAAGAACAACCUGCAGGACAUCGCGCAGCUGGUGCGCGAUGUGCAGACGGCGUACCGCAGUAUCGACACUGCGUCGCAGGCGCUGCGCCGGCAGCCGCAGAGCGACCCGACCGAGGUGGACAUGCCUCGAAGCCCGGCAGCUAACGCUGUCCCCGCCCGGAUAGUCGAGGGGGCGUUCUACAAGGUGCUGCGCUGGGUGGUCGCUGUGGACGCUGAUCGACGUACGCUGCGGGCGGCGGCUACAAGCACUGCCGUCAUGACUGAAGCAGAGUCUCCUCCGGGGACGACACCGAUGCCCGAGGCGGCUGCAACGCCAUCCACGGCGAACGUGAAGGCGUUUGCCAGAGUGAUCGAGUAUGACCCAUAUACGGGACAUCUAACGCUGGAGCGCGCUGACGUGGCGCAGCGCUGGGGGCUCCUCUUGAACGACAAGGGCCUCCUUGUGGGCGUGGAGAAUGAGCUGCGCAACUCUAGCGAGGCUGGAGAACGCCUGUACGACGCCGUCCAGCAGCAGUCUGGUGGGGCUGGCGGCCUAGCCAUUUUCGAGGUGAACCGCCGCCGCGUACGCGCCGUCCACCUGAGCAGCGAAGAGGUCGCCUCCAGCCGCGAUGACAUUAUGCAGAAGCUCCGCUCAAGCCUCACCCAAACCACCAAGACGCUCUGCCUCACCAUUGAGAGGCGCAAGCAGGCGGACUUAACGGUGCCUCGUGAGGUUCUGUUCGAAGUGUCCUACCAAGGCGGCGAGGGCGGCGUCGGCCAGCGCUGUCUCCUCAUGAUGGAGCGCGCAUCGACUUUCAUUUCGUGGGGGCUGAAGCUGCAGUAUCUGAAGGGCACCACCGCCGUUCUCUCUGACUUUGCGCCGAACAUGAGGCUCUCCAACGCCGCCAAGAACCUUCUGUUUGACAUGCGCGGCCGUCUCCGUGUUCUGAAGGUCAACAACCACGACAUGGCAAAGCUGUCGGUGGCGGAAAUGAAGAGUCUCAUCUCCGGUUCGCUGCUGCUCACCCUUCAUCUGCAGGUGACGGAUGCAAAAGGGGACGUGCCGCCUGAGGCUGAGGCACCGCUGCCCCCUCAGGUGGAGCGGUCUCUCUCCGCUGAGGAGGUGGCAGAUGCGCAGGAGACGCCAGCGGUGGAUGCAGCACCUUCAGUGUCGCACACGGAAGCAACGGCCCUUGGAGAGGUCGACGCGGCAGCUGAUGAGCCGGCAGAGACGACGAAGAUGAUGAAUUCGGCACAAGGUGAGAUCGACGAUCUGGCCGACUCGAUCGCGGAUGGGUUUCUGAAGCAGUACAGUCAGGAGGCGCAGCUCGAGACCACGGCAUCCGAUAAGGCUGAUGCGCCCGCUGUGGAGGUGGUGGACGCGGAGACUUUCGAGACGUUGGAGGACCUGCACUGGGCCAGGCCCACUACCACGAUUGGAGCCCCUGGGGACGCGGAUGAUCACAGUUGCGACAGAGUCGCUGAGAAGGACGCGCGCUUGGAGCAGCUAUCGCGGCAGCAGCACUACGAAGACGAUGACGGUAUACAAGAGGCCGCACCUGGUCUCCCAGAUGAGGAGGCGGCUGAUCACGCACUCACGGACGGUUUCAAGGACGUUGCUGAUGGCGAGGACGUCCCAAAGGUGCAGGAAGCGGAUAAGCAGAUCGCUGACACCGAAGAGAACGCGGCGGAGUACGGGCUGGCUGGGGACGCAGAUACCGCGGAGCAGGGGGCGAAGGACCGCAUCGAGGCGGCUGAUGAUGAGGCCGAGGCGGAGCCGCCAAAGAAGACGCGUGGGCGCAAGAAGGCACCUGCCAAAACGGCCAAGGGGCGUGCGAAGAAGGACGGAACGAAUGCGCGGGACGGCGGCCGCAGGAAAAAGGGCGGGAAGUCUGCUGCAGAGGACGGGCAAGAGGCAGAGGACAACGAGGACGCGCCUGCUCAGGAAGCUGCAGAGGAGGACGACAAUCAACUGGAGAACUUCGAGGACAAUGAAGCCGCUGAGGUGUCGCUAGGCAAAGCCGCGCUCGCAGAGGAGGCAGAGGCGCUUCCGUCCGAGGCCGCUGCAGGCGACACUACGAUCGAGGGUGCCGAGGCGAAGCAGAAGCGCUGUGCUGGUUCAAUGGCGUCCGCCGUUCCAGCAGCGACAUCUGAAGAAGAGGGAAGAGGCGCGCGUGCUGAAGAGGACACCGCUGCUAUAGAGCCAGAUGACAUCGGCAAGGGUUCCACCUCAGCCCCGGUGGACGUGCCACUCGUUGACCUCCCGCCUACGGCCGCAGAGGUGGCCGUCGAACAUGGUCGGGAAAAUGCCAAGAAGCAGAAGAAGCAGUCCGCCAAAGCGGACACCACGGAGGCGGCUCUCGCUGCUGAGGAUGAAGUAGACGAUGCGCCGCGGAUCUCGCUGAACCGACUCCUCGAAGCACAGCCGCUGACCUUCGAUAACGAUGUCCGGCUCGAGAAGUUCGACGGCUCGACGUUGGAGCUGGAGCGGUCGAGUACGAAGCGCCCGUGGAACAUCAAGGUGGCCUUUGCGGGAGAGGACAUUAUCAUGACAAAGCUGCCCCCCUUUGCUCCGACGCAGCAGAGGCACCCAUUUCUGCGGUCUCUGCGCGCAGGCCCGCAGGGUGAGGUGAAGUGGGUGGUGGACGGCCUGAAUGGGCAGGACCUCUCCGUGAUGACCAAGGCAAGCAAGACGAAGGCGUUGGACGCUAUCAAGGGCUCCACGAAGCUUUCCUUUGUUUUGAGGGCACUUCGAAAGUGA